CAUCCGCCGUCAAACACGUCGACAUUGGGGCCACGAGAGCUUCGCAGCCAUUGAAUGCGUAACAAAUAAAGACGGAGCUUACGAAAAGUAAACAAACUCAGCUUAUGUGUCUCUCUUUCCGAAGCAUUACCAAAUCUGCCUCCGUUCAGAUGCCGCCAGCCAGCCAGUUCCUAAAGCAUUCAAAGACAAAAAUGCAAGCUUGGGUCACGAGCAACGGGCUCAAUACUAGCCAGCCUGCCCCUGCUGGACCAGGAACAGGACCAGGAACGGGAACGGGAAAUGAAAACCAAAGUCAGCUUCCCCAACGACACGUCUUUUUAUCUCAACCUACGUCUGCGACGACACAACCUACCCAAACGGUCCAGGGAACGCAGAACUCUCCCCAACGAUCACGCGCGCCCAUAGUCAAUGCAAAUUCUAAUAGAGCUGCUGCCGUUGCGGCCGCUAAACUACCUGUUCCUACCAGCCGUACUGUCCACACCCGUGAUACGUCACUGAACAUACGCCGAUCGGGAACCGUUGCUUCAGAGCCCAUUCAAUCCUCGCGGCGGCCAGCGCCAUUUUGGGAGGGCUCAACAGUAGAUGGCUCCAUGUUUAGUGACACCGCUAGCAACAUUGACACUAACACGGCAGGCGGAUCUAUGUAUCGAGUGCCUUUUCGAGCUCCCACUACUUACCAACAGAGGGGCAAUACCCCGCGCCCUCGGCCCCCUCCCAAGGAGGGAGUUAACAUACCGGAUCAACAUGCUCCCUUUGUUAUUGGACCUAACGGGAUGAUAGAUGUAGUAGGUGGUCCCCUCACUAGGAGUGCUUCGACACCGGAUGCUAGGAAUCACCGUGGCCGCCUAAAGGCCCCAUCAUCUCCGGAACCUGACCAAGACUCGGAAGAUAGUCCAUAUCAGACAAGCCCAGAAAAGACACCUUCCGCUAAGAGGCUUCAUCACCCAAAAGCGUUGGCUUUACGUACUAACCGUCGUGAUUCUUUCUCCGAAAGGGCUGCCUAUCAAGAGAAUAUUGUAGCCUCGCCUCCUCGUGAGACCUAUCCAGUUCCUGAUAAUGAUUUAGAUGAUGACGCAAGAUCUGAACAUUCCAUCCACUUGAGAGUGAAGGCACAACCAGAUCACCGUCGCUCAACUAUUUUUGCUGAUACCGAUACCCCUAUGGUUAGCCAUCCGGACGACUCUGAUCGUGAGAGUGUCGUUCCGCCCCCACCCAAGGCUAUCGCGAAGCCUAAAACUCAGCUCAAUCGACAACUUUUUGUCAAAGGUGGCAAUAAGGCCGGGCUAGGGCUGCACGAGAGCGCGAUGCCUCGCUCAUCGAUAGAGAAGCGCGUUUCUAAUCCAAGGAAGCGUCAAUACGAAUUGGACUACGACGAUGCCACUCUUGCAGGAAUGGAUUAUUCCGAGCUCAAGGACGAAAUAUUUGAUUUUGAUCCAGCCCAAGCAGAGGCUCAAUCGGCGAUAGGGCCACCCCGAGGUACAUUACCGGAAAAGCUCUAUCACUUCUUCGACAAGGACCCGGAAAGUCAGAUGGAAUUUUUUUCUAAGAUGCCCGUGAACGACUGGGAGGUCUCCGGGGAUUGGUUUCUUGAAAGAUUUGGUGAUGUUAUGCAACGGUUUCGAGAAGCCCGUCAAAGAAAAAGAGCAAUCAUACAGGGCUUCGAGAACGAGAUAGCCGACCGUGGUGAAGCCGUUAGGAACAAGAUCCAAACAAUUGACAGCACUCUCGCCGAACUCAAAAGCGAAGGCGAGGGCAUGAUGAUAGGAAAGGAGUUCGACUGAAACAAAUAUGGAAAUACACGGUAUCAAAAACAAGCUCUCCGCGAUAGAUAACUUGUUGGCGACGAAUUUUUACGAACUCAUUUAAAAGGGAAUGAUAUAUGGCGGUGUUAAGUCGGGCUAUGGGAUUGCUGUUG